AUGAGCUCUGGUUUUAUUUCCGAGUCUGAAAUAUUGGAGGCGAGGCGAAGACGUCAAGAAGAAUGGGAAAAAGUAAGAACAGAGGAUCAACCGAAAGAGGCACCAGAAGAACAAUACGACACGCGGCCUCUGUACCACCGAUUGGAAGAGCAAAGGUUGAAAAAGGAAGCUGAAUAUGAAGAAGCCCAUAAAUUGAAAAAUAUGAUAAGGGGUCUUGAUGAUGAUGAAGUAGGCUUUCUGGAUUUAGUGGAGCGGACAAAGGCAAAGGCAGCUCAGCAAAUUUCACGUGAAGAGCAGAAAGAGAUGCAGGAGUUCAGAGAGCGUGUAUCCACUCUGGCAGAGAGCGAAGAGCUGAUCAGGCUACGGGCACAAUUGGCUCCUACACGCACACCAUCAUCGACAGUACCGCCGCCUAAGAAUAAGUUACAGGGGGUUGUGGUGAGAAAAAGGAAAGCAAGUGAGAUGGAACCUGACAAAUCAGAGCCAGAGAAAACUGUUGCACCUCCAAAAAAUGGACUUCCCAACAGCGACGUGAAUGGUGGUUCUGGUGCAACGGUCGCCGCAGUCGAGGAUGUCGGCGCUCUACGCUGUGUCGGCAUCCUACCCGGUCUCGGACACUACGACACCGACACUUCCAGCGACACCGACGAGUCUAGCGAUUUGGAGGCGAACGACAAAUGCUGCGUCAAAAGGGACCUGCUUGGUAGGAGGCCGGAGCAAACGCACGAAGGGAAACAAAAGGAGGAAUCGAAGAGC